AUGUGGUUCAGUAUUCUGUGUCUGGUGAUUGUGUUAAUUUUGAAAAUAUUGUUCGACCGCAAUCGAUCAUCGAAAUUUCCUCCGGGUCCACGAGGUUUGCCCGUCAUUGGAAAUAUACUCGAUAUCGUGAACUUAGUAAAACAGACGAAAUAUUAUUCCGGUGCCUGGUGUCGAUUGGCUGAGAAAUAUGGGCCUGUCGUUGGACUCAGAUUAGGUUUCGAUGAGCCGUUGAUUAUUGUUUCUGGAAAAGCUGCUAUCACGGAGAUGUUGAACCGAUCUGAAUUUGACGGAAGACCGAAUGGAUUUCUGUUUAAAUUUCGAAGCGGUGGUACACGGCAAGGAAUAUUGUUCACAGAUACCGACGUUUGGCACAGCCAAAGGAGGUUUACAUUAAGAACACUGAAACAAUUUGGCUUCGGAAAAGAUGCAAUGGAACAUAUACUCCAGCACGACGCAAUUUCAUUGACAAAUGUUGUUGUUGAAUUAACGAAAGAAGGAGCAAUUACAAAUAUUCAAUCUGUCAUUUCUGUAGCUGUUUUGAGCAAUUUAUGGCUCCUCAUAGAUGGCACAAAAUUUGACAUAGGAAUGGAAAGUUCGAAGCUAAGAGAAGCGAUAAGUGUAUUGAAAGAACUUACUAGGAAUUCGAAUGUUUCGGGUGGUAUUAUAAACCAAUUCCCCUUCUUGAGACAUUUAUUCCCAAAAUUAACAGGAUUUUCAGUGUUUGUAGAACGACAGAAACGUAUAAACAAUUUCUUUAUGGAAGUUGUAUCGAAGCAUAAAUGGAAGGAAACAGCAGAAGGCUCAAAUUUUAUAGAUGCUUAUUUGCAAGAGAUAGAAACACAGAAGACUAAUUCGUCGUCGUUUUUUAAUGAAAAUCAAUUAGUGUACGUUGUAAAGGAUUUAUUUUCUGCUGGAGUAGAUACUACUGACAAUACCAUUGGUUUUGUCAUAGCAUUCCUUGUAGCUUAUCAAGAUGUACAGGCGAAAGUACAUGAAGAACUUGAUAACAAUAUAGGCAUGGAUGUUUAUCCUUCCCUUCAGGAUAGAGAUCGGCUACCAUAUUUAAAAGCGGUUUUAGCAGAAGUAUCCAGAUUAGCGAACAUUGGUCCAACUACUAUACCACACCGAGCAAUAACGGAUUCUAAUUUACUAGGUUUUGAGAUAAAAAAGAAUUAUACUUUGUUAGCUAAUCUUAAAAGUAUUCAUAUGGAUAAAGAACACUGGGGAGAUCCUGAAGUAUUCCGACCUGAGAGAUUUAUCGACGAAAAAGGACAAUUUAUCAAUGAUUCAUGGCUUGUACCUUUUGGUUUAGGUCGCAGAAAAUGUUUGGGUGAAACUUUAGCGAAAAAUACAAUUUUUCUUUUUAUGGCAUGUUUAUUUCAAAGGCUCCGUAUCAUGUUGCCAUUAAAUCAUCCUAAACCGUGCCUUCAAGGAAUUGAUGGUUUUAUAGUAGGACCACCUGAGAUGGAUAUUAUUGCCGUUCAAAGAUACUAA